AUGGGCAAUUCCGGGAGCACCGCUAUUGGGAAGUGUCUGGUGGAUGCAGUCGGAGGAGAUAAGGCACUUCUGGCUGACAAGCAAACACCUUUGUUCCAGCUCGCCCAUGUAAAGCCAUACAACCUGGAUAUUUCGGUAGAACCUGCGGCGGUCACCUAUCCAAAAUCCGCAGAGCAUGUCGCCGCAAUCGUGAAAUGCGCUGCAGAUAACGACUUCAAAGUCCAACCACGCGGCGGCGGUCACUCGUAUGCAAAUUAUGGUAUCGGUGGCGAGAGCGGAGUCAUUGUCGUCGACCUCAAGAACUUCCAACAAUUCUCCAUCGACAAGAAUACCUGGCAAGCUACGAUCGGCGCAGGAUCACUUCUCGGUGACGUAACUAAACGACUUCACGAUAAUGGAAAGCGAGCAAUGGCACACGGAACGUGUCCGCAGGUUGGCAUCGGCGGACAUGCUACCAUCGGCGGUCUUGGUCCAUCAAGCCGUAUGUGGGGAUCUGCCCUCGACCAUGUCCAGGAAGUUCAGGUUGUCCUUGCGAAUUCAUCAAUCGUGAAGGCUUCGGAGAAAGAGAAUUCGGACGUGUUUUGGGCUCUCAAAGGUGCUGGCGCAAGUUUCGGAAUCAUUACCGAAUUCAAGGUUCGCACCCAGGCCGAACCAGGCGAGUCCGUCCUCUACUCGUACGGUCUCCAAGUCGGAAAUGCCCAAGCAAAGGCGGAUGCGUUCAAGAAAUGGCAGGCUCUCAUCUCGGACCCCGAUCUGUCUCGAAAGUUCGCCAGUCAAUUCAUUGUCACUGAGUUGGGUGCCAUAAUCACUGGAACAUACUUUGGAUCACAACAGGAAUUCGACAGCUUAAACAUAUCCAGCAGGCUCCCCCACAAAGACGAGUCUGUCAUUGUGCUGAAGGACUGGCUAGGUGUUGUCGGCCACUGGGCAGAGGAUCUCGCACUCGAGAUCGGUGGUGGUAUUCAGAGCAAUUUCUACGCCAAAUCCGUCGCCUACACCAAAGACGACCUGAUUCCCGACGCCGAUGUAGACAAACUCUUCAGUUACAUUGAAAAGACAGACAAGGGUACACCCCUCUGGUUCGUCAUUUGGGACUUGGAAGGUGGUGCCAUCAACGAUGUUGCGCCAGACGCAACGGCCUAUGGUCAUCGCGAUGCCUUGUUCUAUCACCAAGCGUAUGCCGUGAAUCUAGUCGGCAAAGUUAACAGUAAGAUUCGCAACUUCUUGACCGGUUUCAACAAAGUGAUCACGGACGCUCUUCCUGGACAUGACCUGGGUGCCUAUGCUGGCUACGUCGACCCGGCGUUGGGAGACAAAGGUGCAGAGGCCUACUGGAGAGGCAAUCUGCCCAGACUGCAGAAGAUCAAGGCGGCUGUCGAUCCUAAGGAUAUCUUCCACAACCCUCAGAGCGUAAGGCCGGCGAAAUCAUAG